ACUAAGGUAAAACUUCAAUUUUAGUUUAAUGAUUUCUCCCAUUCACAUCAAGGGAGACAACAACGCUGACAUGUCGCAAGAAAGUAAUUCUGGAGGGGAACAGACAAGUUGGCCUGAGCUUGUAGGAUUACCAAGUACAGAGGCAGAGAAUGUUAUCAGAGGAAUAUAUAAAAAUAUAACGAUACAGAUUUUACCUGAAAACUCCAUGGUUACAAUGGAUUAUAGAGAGGACCGUGUACGCAUAUUUACUGAUGGUGAGGGAAAAGUUGCUACAGCACCAAUGAUUGGAUGAAAUUUUGUAUUUGUUACGAUCAUUUGGAUUAGACAUUUGUAUCAAGAAAUCUGAUUGGAUGAAAUAUUAUGUAUCAAGCUAUUUGAUUGGAUGAACAGCAAGUGCACUCUCACUCUUAUUUGUGAAGUAGAACUAUUAUAACCACACAUAUGUAUAUGUAAUGUUAUUGGAAUUUACUUCUUUUAGUUAUCAAAUUUUUCUCGAGAAAAUAGUGUGUACCUUUUUUUAACAGUUAAAUUCAUUUGGUAAUAUAUCGAUUAUCUUGAUGAUUUUUGAUAAACCAUUUAAACAUAUGAUUAGUGGACAGACAUAGAUAUUUUAUUUGUGUAUUCCUUGAAUAAAUUUAUACAGAAUAUAAAUAACUUGAGAUAACUAUACAUUAAUAAUUAGAUGUUGUUAAGAUUUUGAUAAAUAAGUUGUAUAUUUUUGUGUUUAUAUAAGAUGGACUAAAGAAGCAAGUUUUAACAAAAAUAGUGAAAAUCCUCUCCCUGUGCCAUAAAGUAUUUCUAAUACAUGUAUAUUCUUAUUUUCUAAAUGUAUUUUUUCAGUGUGGUUUGAAAUAGAUUGUUUUGUAAAUUUUUGGUAAACUACUAUAAAAGUAUAAACUGUAAAACAUGAGUAUAUUUAUUUUGAAUCACAAUUUUGAAAAAAUAUAUAAAUCUUGAUACACUCUAUCCCCAACAUAUAGGUGUUGAAUUUCAUUUUCUGUUAGAAUGCCAAAAUCUGACUCUUAUCAAAAACAUUUUGUUCUUCUGAAAUUUACCAGCAUUAGAAAUCCAUAUAUCUUACUGUUUGAAAAGUUAAUGAAUACGGAUUCUUUUAAUUUAUAUAUGGACACUGGCCUAUAAGAAUUUGUGCAUAUUUUUGUGUAUUGAUGGAUACUAAUUGUGUAACAUUUCAUGAUUUAGGAAAUAAUUCUUUUGGUUGUGUCAAAAUAUUAUUUUAAUUUAAAUGUAUGAAAAGAAAAAUGUAAAAUAACACUUAUUUAUGAUACUCACCUUGUUUAAUAUACAUGUAACUAUGUAUGGUAUAAAUAACUGAUAUUUUCCUCAUCUCUACAUGUAUUGUGCAUAUAAUGAAUAAUUAUAUCUUGAAAUCUCGACACGUGCAUGGCUUGGACAAACAAUUGAAACAAUGUUCUUUUCUCAGAUUAAGUGGGGUUUUUUUUGCCAGAGUGGUUAGGGUUGCUGACUUCAAUACACUUGCCCUUUUACCAAAGUGAAUUAAAUCCCAUUUGGGGCAUUGGUUAUUUUUAUGUAUAUGAGGAAGCUAUUCAGCCAGCAUAGAGAUGAUUAAUGCUUGAUGCUUCUACACGGAUGCCUGCUUGUGCCUAAGGUCACCUGAGAUCUUACUCCACCAGUAAAGCUUGAAACUUAACCCGUAACCUGCUGAGUGCGUGCACUAGACUUGUCUAGCUUCUGUUUUUGGAAAUGUCCAUUAUCAAUUUUAGGGAUAUCAAGGUGAAAGUUUGAAGAAUGUCAGCAAACAGUGUAGAGCCUGGUCGGACUGCACAGGUUUUUGUGGACAUGUAUUGCUCAAUACUGGUGGCAAAGGCUAAUAACUUUUGUUUCCAACAGAUUAAGGGCUAAAAUAUGACCUUCAUUAUGUCAUUGUGACUUGAAUACAAAUAUCCACAAAUUUUAAAAUUUCAUGUGAUGCUUGCACAUCAGCUUUGCUGGAAAAGGGUGUGUUUUAAUAAGAUUUUACAUAUUUUCCUUUAUUAAUUGUAUAUAUAACCAUGUUGGAGAUUGUUACAUUAUGUUUACAUUAUCUCAGGUUGACAUGUCUCUAGAUAGGAGCAGAUUCUUAACAAAUUUAGAUUUAUAGAAGAGAUAUUCCAUAAUAAGCUGACAGGGGCUAUCCAUUUUCCUCCUUUUUUAUCCUUUUGUCUUUCUUAUUUUGUUUCUUACAAAUGUUUGCAUAGUACAAUUGAUAUGUUCCUCAUAUCAUGAUUUUUUAAAAAAAAAGAAUGUUAAAUAUGCAUUUCUAGGAAAAUGGCCUUUAAUAAUGUUGUUUUCUGCUCAUCUUUAUUUACUUAAAAAAUCACAAGAUAAAGUAAGACAAAAUAUCUGAACAAUAUACUGUUUAUCUAUUCUUUCAGGAAUGAGAUUGAAAAUUUAAAAAAAAUCUUGCAUGUGAAGUCAACAAAUAUGUGAAAUAUUUAAGUAUGAAUUUCAAAAUAUCCUGUGUUGUUUAGAAAUAGGUGCAUUUUAAAAGUUUAAGAUGUUAUACUAUGUGCAUUGAAAUGUGAAAUAAAACAUAGAAAAUAUUGAAUUUUGUGCAAUAAAGUGACAGUUGCAUAAUUUUUUGUGAUAUUAAAUUUUAAUUGGUUAACAUUUUAUGUUUUUCCUGUAUAAUUCAAAAUAGGAUGUGUAUACGUUUUUGCAUAAAAAUACUUGCGUAUUACUCAAACAGAUGAAAAUUCAUUGCUUUCUAAUGAAAAUACCAUAUAAUCCACUGUGAUUUAUCUCAAAGAAAUCUUGACAUGAAUAUUCUUUUUAUAUAAUCAAUUCAUGGAAUGAAAUGUCUGUACUAAAACUAUUUAAUAAUUGUAACCAUAGCAACUUGGUACAUGUAUCAAAUAUAAAAAGCUAUUUAAAUUGAUCAUCAAAGAUUACACAGCUUUCCUUUCUGAAAUUAAAUUUCUAGAAAUAGGAAUCUACAAAACACUCCUGCAGCUAGGAUAUAUUUUCUUUACCUUGAUUAAUAAGAAAGAAAAAAAAAAGAUUUUGUAUUAGAUUUAUAUAACAGAAGUAUAUGAUAUACAAAUACCACAUUCAAAUAAAACAUAUCAUAAACUGUGAUAUUAAAGGGACUCCACUGACGUGCAUAAGCCUAAAAUAAGAAACAAACUCAAAAUUAAAUACAAUGUAAAUAGUGCCAUUCUUAGCUCCUUUUGAGUUAAAAGCAUUUAAAUGCUUUUCAUUUUUUGGGUCAUUUUGCACAACAAAAUUGAUUACUCUGAGAUCAGCAAAUGUUUUGAAACUUUGCACACAAGUUAUUGGUAUAGAGCUAGAUCAAAAAUAUAAAUUUCUUUGAUGAAUAUCCAAGUCCCAUCAUGUCAAAAAUCCUCAGAUGAGUCCCUUUAAAUUCUUUACUUUUUCCAUUUGUUCAUCUUUUGUUUCAAAAUUUGUUGUAUCAGUUUGUUAUAUGAUAGAUGACACAAUAAUUAGUUAUAAAUAUAUUUUCUAUCUAUUUAUAUCUAUUUAUAAUCAUACUGUUUUGAUGAUUUAUUUUUACACUACACAAAAAGUCUUUGCUUUAAAUAAACAUGAAAAAUUGGA